AUGACCGUGAGCGCCAAUGAGUAUUUUCUUACAAUUUUGGGAUUUCUUUGCCAGCAGGGAUACGAUGGUCGAACGUCAACACUAACUACGAAAGCUGUGGCAUUGAUAGUGCUGGUGUUCUCAUCGCUUAUGUAUCAGUUUUAUGGAACAUUUAUUAUCGGAUCAUUGCUGACUCCUCCACCGAAAAAUUUGAAAACGAUUCGUCAGCUUAUCGAUAGUAACUUUCAGGUCACGAUGGAAAAUUUGUUCUACAACUGGGAUUUCUUUAAUAGAACCAAAGAUCCUGCUGCCAUCGAAUUGUUCAAUAAGAAGAUACUUAAAUCGGUAGCGAAACCAACGAACGUAAGUCACGGUAUUGUGCUGAUCCGCAAGGGAGGAUACGCCGUCCAAUGUGACAUUGGAUAUACGUAUCCCAUUUUGAAAAGCACCUUCACGGACGAUGAGAUUUGCGAUCUGCAGGAUAUUCCAAUUUCUCCUCUCAGACCGUUGCACCUACCUUUGCAAAAAGGUUCUCCAUUGAAACAGUAUUUUCGAGUCACGUUGCGAAAGUUGAUCGAAAGUGGAUCCGGAGGUUACUACUAUCGGGAAUAUUUCAGUUCGAAGCCACCGUGUCCGAAAAGUGACCUCGAAACGACGCAGAUUGAUGUGUAUCAAGUUAUCAGUAUUUUUUAUUUUCUGGCGUUGGGUUUUCUGCUGAGUGUGGUGAUACUGAUAAUUGAGAGAAUCUAUUAUCGUUAUCGUAUCGCCCCAACUGUAUGGGAAUAUACAAAUUGA